CAACAACCAAUUCCACGGUAAACCAAGAAUUGUAGUAUAUCUACUUUUAUUUCAAUAGAAUAUUUAAUACUAUGCAGGAUUUAAGUACUCCUACGAAAGAUCAAAGGCUUAUGUCUUCUUCCAUUCACGAUCCUCUCUCCACGACUGAAUUACCGACACCUACUAGUCAAACAACAGUUGAGCUUUUAAGCAAUGAUAUCAAGAAGACUGAAAACAUCGAUUCGGGAGUUGUUUUACUAACUCCUGGCUCAAGCCCUCACACAACCCGCGGAUCCAGUGAUAUGGUAUUGUCUAGUGAUCAAACCCCUGGUUCCCAACGUAGACAUUACCAGGGAGUCCAAACUCAAUAUACAAAUCAAACCGACAGCUAUUAUAUGAAUACUCAAACUGAACAAUAUAUUAACGAACCUACUACUCAAACUCGCUUCCCAGAAUCUAAUGCUUAUAUAAGUAACAACAACGUUACUACAGUCCCUCAUCUCAAUCCUUAUUUAUCCGGUUCAUACUAUCCGCCCUAUUAUGCCUCUCAACAAGCAGCAAGUGGACGUGCUUACCGCCCUCCGUACGGUGUAUCUGCUGCAACACCUUCGUGCUAUGGGACACAAUGGCAAGCUCAACAACCUAACCAGCAUUAUCCAAUGAAUGGAACUCAUCCUUAUAUUAAACCUUUUGUUUCCAAUGGAGUUACACAGCAAUUAAUGGCGGUACAUGCCCCUCAGAACACCUCUAUAUAUCCCCCAAUACCCCCGGUAGGACAGUCGAAUGUUCCAUACAUAAAUCAUCCAGCUUAUAUGCCUGUGCCUCAUAAUCCUGCCAUCCACAGCAAUUCUUCGGGAUACCCUGCGGCCUCACCAAAUUUGGCUCCUUAUACUCAACCAAGAGAAAAUUUGCAUUCUGAAUCUGAGGAUACAUUCAGAACGGACGUUGAUGCAAAACCUGAGCUUAAGCAGCAAAAUGCGUACCUAACUCGUCUUGUGUCUAUGCAUCCAGCUAUCCCCCCAGCUAUUCCUAGUAUGUUUCCCAUAUCUCAGGAAGAAAAGAAGACAGAAAAUCCAGGAAGAACAAAGAAUGUUUACAUCCGUGGUCUUCCUCCUACUACAAGCGAUGAAACUUUACUACUGUACUGCAACCGAUUUGGUAAGGUUACGAGUAGUAAGGCCAUUAUUGAUGUUAAUAACAACAUGUGUAAGGGCUUUGGAUUUGCCUGCUUUGAAGAACUCAAAUCUGCCUCGUUAUGCAUAUCUGCUAUGACCUUAUGUGGUUAUCAAUGCUCGUUUGCUAAAGAGAGUUUCAGCGCGAGAUUACAAAACCUACAGGAUAAGGAAAGUACAAAUCUGUAUGUUUCCAAUCUUCCUCUCCAUUGGAAUGAAGAUGAUAUUAGUAAUCUCUUCAAACCGCAUAGAAUUGUAUCGAAUCGUGUGCUUCGUGAUUCCAAGAAUCAAUCGCGAGGAGUUGGUUUUGCUCGUAUGCAGGAUCGUUAUGUGGCUGAGGAAAUCAUUGAAUGUUUCAAUGAUUAUUGCAUUGACCCGAAUUUACCUCCUUUACAAAUCCGUUUUGCUGAUUCUGCUGAGCAAAAGAAGUUUAAAGGUCAAACCCAGAAGAGACGUAUGUGGCGUGCACGUGAAUAUAAUGUUCUUACCAAGAGUAUUUCUGCUUUAAAUGAUGCAUAUACAAAGUUAGACCGGACAGAAGCAUCAUCCGUGUCUAUGGUUCCUAAGAUGAAUUUGUAUAUGCCUGUAGACAAUAAUGUCUAUGCCAGCAGUCCUGUUUAUGACAAUUAUACCUGGCAGAACAUGUAUCCUCCAGCUUCUGCAUACCCAGUGAAUCCUGAGACUUCAAUACCUAAGGUAGCUUACUCUGGGUAUAAAGUGCAGAACAAUGUAGGUGCUGCAGGCGUUAAUUAAACUGAUAAAAGCGUCGUUCAUUAACCUAACCUUUGCUAACCUAACGAAUGUAUGAAACUGAAAACGUGAAUCUGAAACCGAAUGAACCUUGAAAUCUAUAAAUAGUCUUAUUUGAUUUCAAAUUUAUUAUAAACUAAGGAAUAUAUGAUGAGUCUUAUAUAGUGGUAAUUAAAUUAAUAAUAUACAGUAACUAAUGGUUAG